GCCCCCGCGUGCCAACCCAGAAGCGCCCCAGUGAGUGCAUUUCAAACCUUGGGCGGCGCGCUGGGCCUGCCCUCCACUGAGGUUGGGCGCGACGGCGGAGGAGGAGGCUGGCUUGCUAGGCUGCACUCGCUGGGCGAGCUAGGAGGCGACGAUCACAGCUGGGCCUGGACUUCCUUCCUCCAACUGCAAGACAACACACCACAGCCGGCUGCCAGCAGCUGCCAGAGCCAGACAAGCAGCGAUGGGCUCCCUGCUGAGCAGCGACAGCGGUAAAUCCGCGCCCGCCCUCUGUCCACGGCCCCCACGGCCCCUGGAGCGCAGCGGGGACCCCGAGCUGCCCAUCACAUCUUUCGAUUGCUCCGUGUGCUUGGAGGUGUUGCACCAGCCUGUCCGGACCCGCUGUGGCCACGUAUUCUGCCGUUCCUGUAUUGCUACCAGUCUAAGGAGCAAUAAGUGGACCUGUCCAUAUUGUCGGGCGUAUCUUCCUUCAGAAGGAGUUCCAGCAACUGAUGUAGCUAAAAGAAUGAAGUCAGAGUACCAGAACUGUGCCGAGUGUGACACCCUGGUUUGCCUCAGUGAAAUGAGGGCGCACAUAAGGACAUGUGAGAAAUACAUCGAUAAGUAUGGACCACUACAAGAACUUUCGGAGACAGCAACGAGGUGCGUGUGUCCAUUUUGUCAGAGGGAAUUGGAUGAAGACAGCUUGCUGGAUCAUUGUAUUACUCAUCACAGAUCAGAACGGAGACCUGUGUUUUGUCCGCUUUGCCGUUUAAUACCUAAUGAGAGUCCAAGCAGCUUCAGUGGCAGCUUAAUAAGACAUCUGCAAGUUAGUCACACGUUGUUUUAUGAUGAUUUCAUAGACUUUGAUAUAAUUGAGGAAGCUCUUAUACAAAGAGUCUUAGAUCGGUCACUUCUUGAAUACAUGAAUAACUCCAACGCCACAUAAUUUUAUUAAUAGGAAAGGAAAAAGGAUCAUUCAAUUGUACCAUUUAAAUGCUGCUUAAACAAUUGGGGAAUUGCUUAUGGAGGGAAAUUGUCAAUGUUUGAUGGAGAACAAUGUAAUGUAUGUUUGUGCUUAUUGUUAUACUGCAUUAAAAACUGUAUUAAUCUUGAUGGUUCUGAUCUGCCCUUACGUUCUUGAGUUUCCUAGACAUGUAACAAGAAAUAAUCUCAGGCAUUACUACAUGGGAGAAGCACAGACUGAGUAGGAAGAUAGGGAGGAUUUCCAUUUGCAAAAGGAAUGGCUCAGUCUAGUGAAUGUUAUGUAUCAGUAACUACCAUCAUGGUUGGAAAAGGUAAUUGAUCUUUGUUCUAUUGUAAAAGAUGAAGAACAGAACAAAAUAUGGAGAAUCAAGAAAAUAGGAAAUCUGCUUCAAUGCUCAUGUUCUCAUUAAUCCCUAGUAGAAUAGCAUGAAUUACCUGCUGGGAAUAGGAAAGCAAAAUUUUUGAAGUCAACCAAGUCAUAUUUCAACCAACAAAAUUUUUGUGUCCGAAAUGUGUACUUAACUCUGACCUUUUUUCACUUGUGUGCACAUAAGCCAUUAGUAUAUUAUUUUUAAAUAUUUGUAGCUUAUUGUCUAGAGAUAUGUUCAUAGUGUAGGCAAUUUCUUAGGGACUGUCAUUAUUUACAGUAAAAGUACUCAUGUCCAUAAUUUUAGUGGAAACUUUAAGGGCUUUAUUUUUAAUUUCAACUUUCAAAAAAUACAUAAAAUGAAACACAAAUACUGAAAAAUACAAAAUUUAUACCAUAAUGAAUUAUUUCAAGAAAAAUCCUAGAAUUCUGAAUUAGAAUCAUAGAAUUCUGGUAGUCACCCUAUUUAUCUCUGGUCACAAUUACAACCCCACAGAAGCAAGCACUACAUUGAUUACAACAAUAAUUGAUUUCUCAUAUUUUUAUUGUUUUAUCAUUUAGUGAUUAUCUCCAUGUCUUAAUCUUACUUAUUUAAAUUUGUUUUAUUAGCUGUGGUUUUUUU